GGAUCGCAACCCGGAGUCCGGAUCCGAUCCCGCUCUGCACAUUCCAAAGGUGGCGGUGAUGGCUGAAGAUGGGAACGAGGAGAUCAUGUUCAUCUGGUGUGAAGACUGCAGCCAGUACCACGACUCUGAAUGUCCCGAGCUGGGCCCAGUGGUCAUGGUCAAAGACUCCUUUGUGUUAAGCAGGGCAAGGUCGUCCCUUCCCUCCAACCUGGAGAUCAGACGCCUGGAAGAUGGAGCUGAGGGGGUGUUUGCUGUGACCCAGCUCGUCAAGCGCACACAGUUUGGCCCAUUUGAGUCAAGGAGAGUCGCCAAAUGGGAGAAGGAGUCUGCGUUUCCAUUGAAGGUGUUCCAGAAGGACGGGCACCCCGUGUGCUUCGACACCUCCAAUGAGGAUGACUGCAACUGGAUGAUGCUGGUGCGGCCGGCAGCGGAGCCCGGGCACCAGAACCUGACGGCCUUCCAGCACGGCAGUGACGUGUACUUCACCACCUCGCGUGACAUCCCCCCGGGCACCGAGCUGCGCGUGUGGUACGCGGCCUUCUACGCCAAGAGGAUGGACAAGCCCAUGCUGAGGCAGGCCUGCCCUGGGCUCCACGCUGCAGGCACCCCAGAGAGCAGCACGCCAGUGGAGGCGGAACCCAGCCGGUGGGUGUGCAAGGUGUGUUCGGCCGCCUUCCUUGAGCUACAGCUGCUGAACGAGCACCUGUUGGGCCAUUUGGAACAAUCCAAGAGCGUCCCCCCAGCCGGCCAGCAGGAUUCGGCUGCAGAGAAGGAAGCAGACGUUCCCCGGGGGGAGCCUCCCGCAGUUCCCAAGAGUGUCAGUGCCGCCAAAGAGCAGAAGAAAAAGCCUCGAAGGGGGAGAAAACCCAAAGCAUCGAAACCAGAGCAGCCUCUAGUUAUCGUGGAAGGCGAGGAGCCAGCAGAGCAAGUGGCAGAGAUCAUGAGCGAGGUCGAGCCUGUGGCUGCAUCGCCGGACGAACGGAUCAUGGAGCUGGUUCUGGGGAAGCUGGCCGCCACCCCCAGCGACGCGAGCUCAGUGCCAAACAGGUUCCCGCACCAUCAGAGCGGCAGCAUCACCCUCAAGCGGAGCCUGAUUCUCUCGAGCCGCCACGGCAUCCGGCGGAAGCUGGUGCGGCAGCUGGGGGAGCACCGGCGGGUCUACCAGUGCGGCAUCUGCAGCAAGGUCUUCCAGAACAGCAGCAACCUCAGCAGGCACGUGCGCUCCCACGGCGACAAGCUGUUUAAAUGCGAGGAGUGUACCAAGCUGUUCAGCCGCAAGGAGAGCCUGAAGCAGCACGUCUCUUACAAGCACAGCAGGAACGAGGUCGACAGCGAGUACAGGUACCGGUGCGGCACCUGCGAGAAGACCUUCCGCAUCCAGAGCGCGCUGGAGUUUCACAACUGCCGGACAGAUGAUAAGACGUUCCAGUGUGAGAUGUGUUUCAGAUUCUUCUCCACCAACAGCAACCUUUCCAAGCACAAGAAGAAGCACGGGGACAAGAAGUUUGCCUGUGAAGUCUGCAACAAAAUGUUCUACCGCAAGGACGUCAUGCUGGACCACCAGAGGAGGCACCUGGAAGGAGUGCGGCGGGUGAAGAGGGAAGACGCGGAGGCCGGCGGUGCCGAGAACCUGGUGCGCUACAGGAAGGAGCCUUCGGGGUGCCCGGUGUGCGGCAAGGUGUUCUCCUGCAGGAGCAACAUGAACAAACACCUGCUGACGCACGGCGACAAGAAGUACACCUGUGAGAUCUGCGGGCGCAGGUUCUUCCGCGUGGACGUGCUCCGGGAUCACAUCCACGUCCACUUCAAGGACAUCGCGCUGAUGGAUGACCAGCAGAGGGAGGAGUUUAUCGGCAAGAUCGGGAUCUCCUCGGAAGAAAACGAUGGCACUUCCGACGAGAGCGCAGACUCGGAGCCUCACAAGUACAGCUGCAAAAGGUGUCAGCUCACCUUCGGCCGCGGGAAGGAGUACCUGAAGCACAUCAUGGAGGUGCACAAGGAGAAGGGCUACGGCUGCAGCACUUGCCAUCGGCGCUUCGCCCUGAAGGCCACCUACCACGCGCACAUGGUCAUCCACCGCGAGAACCUGCCUGACCCCAACGUGCAGAAGUACAUCCACCCAUGUGAGAUCUGCGGGCGUAUCUUCAACAGCAUCGGAAACUUGGAGCGGCACAAACUUAUCCACACAGGUGUGAAAAGCCACGCCUGCGAGCAGUGUGGGAAGUCCUUUGCCAGGAAGGACAUGCUGAAGGAGCACAUGCGCGUGCACGACAACAUCCGAGAGUACCUGUGUGCAGAGUGUGGGAAAGGCAUGAAGACCAAGCACGCGCUGCGCCACCACAUGAAACUGCACAAGGGCAUCAAGGAGUACGAGUGCAGGGAGUGCCACCGCAAGUUCGCGCAGAAGGUCAACAUGCUCAAGCACUACAAGCGGCACACGGGGAUUAAAGAUUUCAUGUGCGAACUGUGCGGAAAAACUUUCAGCGAGAGAAACACGAUGGAGACGCACAAGCUCAUCCACACGGUGGGCAAGCAGUGGACGUGCUCCGUGUGCGACAAGAAGUACGUCACCGAGUACAUGCUGCAAAAGCACGUGCAGCUCACCCACGACAAGGUGGAGGCCCAGAGCUGCCAGCUGUGCGGGACCAAGGUGUCCACCAGGGCUUCCAUGAGCAGACACAUGCGGCGCAAGCACCCCGAGGUCCUGGCCGUGAGGAUCGACGACCUGGACCACCUCCCCGAGACCACCACCAUCGACGCCUCCUCCAUCGGUAUCGUCCAGCCUGAGCUGAGCCUGGGGCAGGAGGAUCUGGCGGAAGGGAAGCACGUGAAAGCCGCCAGGAGGACUCACAAGAGGAAGCAGAAGCCAGAGGACGAGGCCGGGGCCGCGGGGCCCGAGGAGGCCACCUUCAGCGAGUUCUCGGAGAAGGAAGCCACGUUCUCGGGCGGCGUCGGGGACGAGACCAGCUCCGCCGUGCAGAGCAUCCAGCAGGUGGUGGUGACGCUGGGCGACCCCAAUGUGACCACCCCGUCGAGCUCCGUCGGCCUGACCAACAUCACCGUGACCCCCAUCACCACCGCGGCCGGGACUCAGUUUACCAACCUCCAGCCGGUGGCCGUCGGGCACCUGACCACCCCGGAGCGCCAGCUGCAGCUGGACAACUCCAUCCUGACCGUGACCUUUGACACCGUCAGCGGCUCUGCCAUGCUGCACAACCGCCAGAACGACCUCCAGAUCCACCCCCAGCCGGAAGCCUCGAAUCCGCAGUCGGUGGCCCACUUCAUCAACCUGACCACCCUGGUCAACUCCAUCACGCCCCUGGGGAGCCAGCUUGGCGAGCAGCCGCCGCUCACCUGGCGGGCGGUGCCCCAGACAGACGUGCUGCCGGCCCCGGCCCCGGCCCCGCAGGCCGCCCAGCCCCCGGUGCCGGCCGAGCAGCAGCCGCAGAUGUACGGCUACUGA